AAGAAAAUUAAGCCUACACCAGGAAGCUGGAAAAGUUAGAAGUAGUGAAGAAAAUGAAAGUCAUUGUUUUCUUCGUUGCUAUAAUAAUUUUAGGUGCAGAAUGGCAAUGCAAUGGGUCAGAGCAUGAGCAUGAGCAUGAGCAUGGCCACAGCUACCAAAUUUUCCCUCUGCGAAUGAAAACCGGCCCCGGUGGCCACUACAUUCCGGAGGUAUCGUGCAAAAGUUGGAGGCUUGGUGUGGAAGCACACAACGUCAUUGACUGGAGAACCAUUCCUCAAGAUUGCGAGGGAUAUAUAGGAAACUACAUGCUUGGCCACCAAUAUAGAUCAGACUCCAAAACAGUUUGCCGUGAAGCUUAUUUUUAUGCUAAAACCAUCAACAUCACUGCCAAAACCACAUGGGUGUUUGAUGUAGAUGAGACUACGCUCUCUAAUCUCCCUUACUUUGCUGAUCAUGGAUUUGGGGUGGAGCUAUAUAAUGCAACAGCGUUUAAUGAAUGGGUUGACCUUGGCGAGGCACCGGCACUGCCAGAGAGUCUCAAACUGUACAAUAAACUGUUGUCUCUUGGCAUCAAAAUUGUAUUCAUAACAGGAAGACCACUGUAUCAACAGGCUGUAACUGCUACCAACUUAAAGCUUGCUGGAUACUACAAAUGGGAAAAGUUAAUUACCAAGGAUACAGAUAAAUACAAUGGUAAGACAGCAGUUACAUACAAAUCAACUGAGAGGCAGAAGCUGGAGGAAAAUGGAUACAACAUCAUUGGAAACAUUGGAGACCAAUGGAGCGAUAUAUUAGGAACCAACACAGGCCAUAGGACCUUUAAGUUGCCUGAUCCCAUGUACUACAUUAGUUGAGGUCUCUAGGCUCUUAUGAAUGAAAUGAGAUAUGUAGUAAUUAAUAAUGGAGAGACUUAACCUAGGGGCACUCGUUAUUGCUAUGUUUCAUAUGUAUGUGACUUUGUGUGAGACAGUAGUUACGUGAGACUGCACAAGCACAACUUAACGUUGUUUUAUCUUUCGUGGUUUUAGUAUGAUUUUUAUUUUCAGAAUU